AAUUAACCGAUUUAUUUUUAUUGUCUUUUGCUGAAAUUUUAAUUUAAAAAAAGCUUAAAAUAAAAAUUUUAGUGGUCAUUCUCGAUCUGGAAAUUAGUCAAAAAAGGAACUAAAUUUAAAAAUAUAGUCGACUAAAUUUCAUUUUUUGCCAACAUUUUUUGCGAAUAAGGUAGGCCUGUGAGUCAACACUAUUUAAUAUGAAAAGGAGACAAUAACAUGCUAACAAGCUUUUCCCGCAACCUCGUCUCCAGGGCUUGUUAGAUUUUUUAUAUAUAUUGAGAGUCCCAAAACAUGAAAUCUUAACACAAUCCUCGGGCCAAGGUUUUUCCAGCUGGAACAUAUUGUUAGCUACUCUCUCUCUUUUUGCCAUGUUAACCUAUCUUUACUUCUAGCACUUUUAACACACAAGAAAAUAUACUGCUACAAAUGUAUACGUAACAACGGAAACAUGUGUGAGACACGUUUCUCAGAAAAGGUUCGCUGUUCUUCCAAUCCAUACGCAGCGUUUGGUUGCUACAAACGGGAGUACACAAUCGAUGGCGUCUUACACAGUGAAAGAGGGUGCAUGAGAAGAGAUUUUUAUAAAUCUAACUGGCCGUGCUUCGAAAACUUACAGAAUUGUAAAACUUCUUACUGUACAACAAGCUUAUGCAAUGCAAGCGUUUCGCAAAAAACAUCCUCAUAUUUGUCAAUUUUUUGCUUAUCGAUAAUAUUCCUCAUAACAUGGAGCUGUUACUAAAUUUACUUUAUAGCAUACUGCAAACAAAUAGAUCGGACCAAUCAAGUGGCAAAACAAGAAAUUUUAAGCCAAUCACAAUCAUAGGAUGGAUAUUUUAAACCAAUCACAACUAAAAGAUAGAUAUUUUAAACCAAUUGCAUUCAAAGAUACUGUAUACCAAUACGUAUCGCAUGGAAAAAUCACGUUAGUAAUAAAACAUGCAUAAUUUAUACAUGUUGUCGUUAGUAACGCGUAUGGUGCCCCUUAGCAACAGUUUCAAAAACAAGAAUUUAAAAUCACAUUUUGUAAUGACAUGAGAAUCUCAAUUUAUGCAUGAAUUUUUGAUUCUCCUUGAUACACAAUAUGGUAACAUUUACAAUAUCGUACCCAGGUCAUUUUAUUGUAGUGCAUAAGUCGUCUUGCGAAGAAGAUCUCGGUAUUACAUUGCCUUGUCAUUGUUUUCUAAAUAAUACAUACUUGCCAUCGUCAUUUUUUUUUUUGAGAAUUUUUAAAUAUUCCGCAUUGCUAAGACAGUUCUAGAAGAAAUGAAUUUUUUCAAAGUUGUUGUUUUUAUUUAUCUGUGUUGUUUAACAGGAACCCUUCAAAGCAAACUAUACUGUUAUCAAUGUAAAUUGAGCGGAUCGUCCUGCACCACUGCGGUGUCUACAAAAAUACGCUGCAAAGAGAAUACACACUAUGUUUGUUAUAAAAGAGAUUAUGUAGAGGAUGGAGUUGUGCAAAGUGAGAGAGACUGUAUACGAAAAGAUUUCUACAAAGCGGGAUGGCCGUGCAAGGGACGUACUGAUUGCACGAGUGAAGGAUGUGAGGCGCAUCUAUGCAAUUCUUCAAGAUGGCUGACAGCAUCAGCCAGAGCUGUUUUAGUGUUCUCCAUUGUGGCAGUUCUUUUUAACAUGUUGAAGUAAUGAUCAGAAUGAAGAAAAGCGAGAAAAAGAUUGGCUACAAUAAAAUGGAUUUUAUUUAAAUAAUUAUCUUCUUUUAUACAUUCUUUGUCUAAACACAUGUCUAAGAAAUGUUCUUCGGAAAAUUCUUUGUAGUAACAUUUAUACAGGCACAAAGCCAUGCUGUUCACUGAUUCUCUUUGCAUAUCUUCUUUAUGUUAUAUAUAACUAGUUUUUAAUAAUUUCUUUGUGAGAAAAUAUACACCUCUUUUUUU